GUCACCCCCUUCAUGGAUUACACCCAGGGCUGACUGCCCCCACCCCCCCUUCCUAUGCCCCUGCAAUGAGUUAAACAUUAGGGUACAUGCAUAAUAUACUUUAUUCUAGUUUUCAAACUGUAAUGCUAAAUUAUUUGUUAUCCUUUGCUCCAAUUACCAUCAUAUUAAUUUCUGUUUAUUAAUUACUGUAAUAGGGCAGUAUUACAUUUGUCGGGGAAGCAAUUCCCAUAUACGGAUACCCAAGGAAGCAUUAUACAUUAAUGCAUAAAUGCUGAAACUUGCUUCCUUAUCCAUUGCAUGUGCUACAUUAAAUUCUGGAAUAUUAGAACAUGUAGUUAAUUGGAAAACGGAAAGAAAUGGUUGGUGUUUCCACAGAUCUCCAUGUUUAAAAUAUUCUUGAAUGGGAUCCCCUGAAGAGAAAAUGUGCUCGCUGAAUUAUCCUUCUAGACAGUUUGCUUCUAAGGAUCUAUUCAGAUGUCUGCUUUUUUAUUUUUAUGGAAAGGCAUUAUAAGAGAAAAAAUGGCCUAAUCUUUUUAUCUCUGUCUUCCCCUCUUUUCCCUGGUGAAAAAUGUAAUAUCUGAAUUGGUCCUUUGAGGCAAACAGUGUGGUUAUUUGUCUCUUCUGCAGUGCUUUUCUCUUUUCUGUAUCCUAAGGCGUAAGCUCAAAGUAAUUCAAUUUCCCACAUUACUUAACAAUGUUGGGUCCAACUUAAUGUAUGUAUAUAUGAUAAACAACUGCUACCUUUGGAUUUAUUAUUACCACUUUGAUUAAAAUGUAUCCUUAUUUGACUGCAGUCAUAAACAUACGUGCUGGGCAGUAAAUUCAACUUAAAUCAUUCCAACUUUCAAGAAGGAUUGUUUGUCAUUAGGAAAUAGAUGUAUUUAUUAUUCUAAUGAAAGUGUUAACAUUGUAGACUUUCAUUCUAAAAAUUCUUCAGAGUCCAACUUUCCUCUGCUUCAUACUUUGCAUUAUUGAUGCAAAUUUAUGUGGAUCCUUUUCCAAAAUGUUUGUUGUGUCAUAAACACUACUUGCAGAAUUGUUAAGAUGUGUUUUGUAGUAAACAAAGCUGAAAUAUUAUAUUCUAGCUCAUUAUUAAAUCAUUUUAACAGUGCAAUUCUUGUACAUUAUGUUCAAUGUGACAUGGUCCCAGGUUAGUUCAUAUAGGACUAAAAAUAGAAGUUUGUCAGAUUUAAUGUGGCCUAUCCAACUCAUUUCUUACUUGAAAAGUAACACUCCUUUUAAAAAGCUUCCAGAACAGUUUUAAAAUAGGACAUUUAGAAGGAUGUACUUAUUUAUUUAGGGUUGGGUGGUUUGUUUUUUGUUAUCUUGUAUAAAUCAACUUUUCCCUUUGCAAGAAUCACAAUGAUCCAUAGUGUAUUGCUUGUACAUUACUCAAUAUUUCUUAGUUGUCUCUGCUUAGCAAUGCUAAAAUUUAAACUUCAGAGGCAAAUAGUUAACUUACAGAGACGUUCAGUAGAUUGAUUUAUUACACAUUUCUUCCUAUCUAGUGAGCCUCUGCGCUGAAUUAGGUUGCCUGGACUGGCUAGAGGUAGAGAGAAAUCUGGAAGGCACUUUGCUAGCAAUUACACAGCCCCUUUGCAAUUCUUCUUAAUUAUUUCAAUUCAAUUCAAAAAGUGCUGCUGUAUUUUGACCCUGAGGGCUUGUGUGGGAGGAAUUAAGGGUGUGAGCAUUUUGAGUAGGUGAACUUCUAAAGAGCUCAGUGUGUAAACAGGUGUUGUGUGAAAAUAAGUAAUAAUGCCUGUGUCUGAGGGGAUGGACUUCAAUUUCUUGUUUCAUCAUGCCAACUUUCUAUUGUUUAGGAAUUCUGUUCUUUUAACUUACUGAAUUUUUGUCCUUGUUUUGUUCUUAUUGGUAUGCUCUUGGGGUUUGCUCUCCAUUUCUUCUUCUGUGCAAUAUGGGAGAGAGGCUGCCUUUUCUUCUCCCUCUUUCCAGAAUAAGGGCAUCUGAAUGCAUGAAUAGGCUGUCCAUACAGGCAUGAGGGCUUAUAUCUAUAACAAGAGUUCUGUUAUUGGCUCUCAGGCAGAGCAUUCAGGGAUGCGCACAUACUACUUUAGUGCAGAUACUCAAGAAGAUAUGAAUGGAUGGAUCCGUGCUAUGAAUCAAGCUGCUCUUAUGCAAACACGUUCAUCACCAAAGAGAGAAACAGGAAAUCCAGAUCAGCAAGCUGUUCCUCAAGCUAAUCAUGUGGAUGCCUGCAAACAAUGUGGAAAGUUAGAUUCUGCUGAUGCAAAGGGAUGUUACAGAAAAUCUCCUGAAACCUCUGCAUAUGAUAAGCAUGAAGAGAUGAGAAAAGCAAUAGAAGAUGAGCAUUAUGCUGUCAGGAAGAACAUGGUGGAAUCAAAAAGGGAGAAAUCUAAACAUCCAUUGGUAUCGGAAGUUGGCACAUUUAAUACAGAGUCAAGUCUGUCUCGGUCCCAGAGAGCUCAGCCUGUUGAGAAGAAUGGAACACUUUCCAAUUCGUUAAAUACAAGUCCUGGCCUAGUGGAGCAGAAUGGUAUCGGUUUAUAUAAACAAGGAUUUGUUUCCAGACCAGCUCAGAAAAAGCAGACACAGAGGAAAAACAAUAUGGCUCACAUAGAGCAUUGGGUAAAAGUCCAAAAAGGAGACCCUAAAAGUCUUGCAUCUGAUCAGUCCCUUAUUCGCCAAGUGCCCAGUCAUUCCAUAUCUUUUCCUGAGAAUUAUCAUACCUUGCCAAAGAAUACCAGGCAGCCUUCAGGAAGUUCACCGCCCUCAAAUCGCAAUCUGCCAAGUGACUACAAGUAUGCUCAAGAUCGGGUUAGCCACUUGAAGAUGUCCCAUGAUGAGAGACGAGCUAACAAAGAUGGUACUGUGUGGCAGCUGUAUGAGUGGCAACAGAGACAGCAGUUUAAACAUGGCAGUCCCACAGCACCUAUUUAUAUUGGUUCUCCAGACUUUACAGACCGUGGUAAGGGAAGAAGUUCAUUAGAUGUUCCACGUUCAGUUUCUGUUCCCCCAUCUCCUUCUGAUAUACCACCACCUGGGCCCCCUAAAAUUUUUCCACCUCGAAGACCACACACUCCUGCAGAAAGGGUUACUGUCAAACCAUCUGAUGAGAGACCAAUGAUAGAUGUUCCUUUUGCUGGAUCACCCAUGAAGGUUCGAAGUCAAACUAUAAAAAACUCAGCACACGUAGAUAGGCGUUCCAUGCCUACAAUGGGAUAUAUGACCCACACUGUAAGUGCUCCAAGUUUGCAUGGGAAAUCGGCUGAUGAUACCUACAUCCAGCUGAAGAAAGAUCUUGAAUAUUUGGAUUUGAAGGUAACAGGGCGUGAUACAAUAAGAGAACGAAAUGCAAAACCCAUCAGGAUUGGAGAAAGUGAUAUUGAUGUGAAACUAAGUGUUCUCUGUGAACAAGACAGGAUUCUACAAGACCUAGAAGACAAAAUAAGAGCCCUGAAGGAAAAUAAAGAUCAGUUGGAAUCUGUCCUGGAAGUGUUACAUCGGCAGAUGGAACAAUACAAAGACCAACCACAGCACACAGAAAAGAUUUCAUACCAGCAGAAACUUUUGCAGGAGGAUCUCGUACAUAUUCGGGCAGAAAUAUCCAAAGUGUCUACAGAAAUGGAAAAUGCCUGGAAUGAAUAUCUGAAACUGGAAAAAGAUGUACACCAGCUGAAGCAAGCCUUACAGGAACAAAUGAACAGAUCGUUUUUUUCUCAGGAGAAAGCCCAAAUGCAAAAAGAUUUAUGGAGAAUAGAAGAUGUUACGGCUGGCCUAAGUACAAACAAAUCCAACUAUAAAGUCAUCAUAGAGUCUAUAAAGAAUCCAGAGAGAAAAACAGUGCCUUCAUUUUCAAAACCUCUAGUGCCUUCAUUAUCAUCUACUCUCAUGUCAGGGGACAGCAAACUUUCUACUCAGCAAAGCUCACCAUCUAGUCCUGUCAAGCCCUCUUUAGAAGUCAGACUUCUUCCGCAGCCUUAUACGCAACCUAGAAUGUUCUCGCCAUCCCAGCAAAUGAAAAAAGUUGAGCCUCCAGUUCAGUCACCUGUAAAAUUAAUGCCAAAUGUUGAAGAUGAAGCGCCACCAAGACCUCCUCUUCCACAGUUGUACAGCCCUGAUGACCACCCACCAGCCGUCCCACCUCUUCCCAGGGAAGCCACUGUCAUUAGGCACACCUCAGUGCGGGGCCUGAAACGCCAGUCAGAUGAAAGGAAACGAGACCGUGAACUAGGGCAGUAUGUCAACGGAGAUUACAGGGUAGAACUCCGCUCAUAUGUGAGUGAACCUGAACUGGAAACAAUAGGCAGUGAUCUGAGCCAACCUUCUGCUGGUUUUCUAGGUACUGACAGUAGAUACCAAACAUUACCUAGCAGAGGAUUAUCUGGCUCAACUUCCAGACUGCAUCAGUCAUCAACAGCUUCAUCAUAUGCAACAUUUCGAAGAGAUGGUUCCAAGGAUAGACCGAAGAGUGCCUUGGAACGUUUAUACUCCGGAGAUCACCAAAGAGGCAAGAUGAGUGCCGAGGAACAACUAGAAAGAAUGAAACGGCAUCAAAAGGCAUUAGUUCGUGAACGCAAGAAAACUCUUGGUCAAGGAGAAAGACAGUCUGCCUCGUCACGAUCAUUCGUCCGGCCUGUUUCUGCAGACAUAGGCUCAUGGAAGCGGGAACAAGAAUUUGACUUGCAGCUACUGGAAAGAGCUGUACGCCCAGAACACAAAGAGGAAAAUAACUGGCUAAGAGUUGAACCUGUGUUGGUGACAGAAGCAGACUUAGAACCUCAAGAUUAUAAUUUGGAUAUUAGCAGAGAGUUGUCAAAACCUGAAAAGGUUUCAAUUCCAGAGCGAUACGUUGAGCUGGAACCUGAAGAACCUCUUACUCCAGAAGAAUUAGCAGCAAGGCACCGUAAGGCAGAAAAAAUAAAGAAUAUUCUUACAAGGUCAAGUAUGCACAACCUCCAGCCUUCAGCUCAGGACAAACACAACUCUGCUAAUUUAGAUUCACAGUUGCAAGAGCAAGAACGCAUCAUUACCAUAUCAUACGCACUGGCUUCUGAAGCCUCUCAGCGGAGCAAGGAGGUGGCAGCUCCGCAAUUGACCUAUCCAUCUAAAGCACCCUCACCUUCUGUACCUCAGCCACCCCCCUUAAGCAAUGGAUUUCACUACACAUUUGUCUAAGCAUCUUGAAACCAAAGCAGUAAAUGAACGCUGAUCCCUGAUACAAACCCGUAACAACCACCUGAAGAAGAGAGCAACACGGAGGAAGACUUCCCUACAUUAGCUUUCUCUCUUGUUUAUUUUUUAUUUGAACACACAUUACAAAUAAUAACUGCACAGAAAAAGUUUUGUACAAAAAGAACAAUUGUUUAUAUAAACAGCACUUUUAAUAUACUAUAUUAUAUAUUGACAUUGUAUAUUGGCAUUGGUUACAACCCUGCACAAUCAACUGCAUUCAAUUCCUGUUGAUGUUAAUAGGUCCUAAUGCUUUAAAGUGCCGGAUUGUGAGCCAAUGUAUUUUUAGAAACUAUAUAUAUAUAUAUGAUUUGUGGUUGGUUGGGUUUUUUAAAGGGCUGCAUUCAUUUAAAAGUUUGGAUGCAUGCAAUAAAGGCAGGUGGAUGUUUUUAGCUUCUUUUUUAAAAAAGGAAGAUUUUCGGAAGCACAUAGCAUUUAGGUAGGAAUAAUGAAAUCUUUUCCUAUUUUUUCAGGGUUUAUAAUACAUUUGUUACUACUGAUUAUCAGUCAGAUAAAAUUUUACGGAAAUAUUCAAAAUUUCAAUGGUUCUGGAAUCCCAUGCAAAGAGCAAAAGGCAGGUACAAAACAUUGCUAAUAGUUGUAUGUCACUGUCCUUUUAUUAUGUAGCUUAGUCCAAGCAAACAUUGUCCAGUUACUAUUUCAAAUAUAUAUUUUUCUCUUUAACUUAGGGUGUGGGCACUGAAAUAUUUUGAAUGUGAUCUGGUUUCUAUCCCACUGCAGAUGAAGCAUCUGUGAACUACAGAGAGUUAUCAUAGAGGUCAAUAGAGCCUCUAUUCCUACUCCCUACUUCCCUCCUUAAGAGCUGAAGCAUGACUGGCCAUUAAGUGGAAUGUGAGAUCUGGAGCACCUUUCACUCUUUUUGCCUAAACAUGAGUUACUCAUGCUCUGAGCUUGAGUAACUUGUGUCAUGCAGAGAGGGAGAGCAGGGGGUAUGCACAAAACCUCCAAUUCCCUAUAAUAGCUUGUGCAAAGACAAGAAGAGGGAGUGAAGAGAAACUGGUCUUUUGAGCCCUUUUCUGCACAUGGGUGCUGCACCUGAGAUGGGACUGGAUCACCCAUGGAAACUGAAAUAUGUAAAGUGAACAAUGCAAAUAUUAAUAGAAUGUAUACUUUUACAUCUAUAUUCUUUUUUAAUUAACGUUUUCAACAACAAAAAAGCAAAAAAUGGUUUGCUAUCAGUUGUUAGCUUUGUAUAGUAAUUCAGCUGGUGCCCUCAGUUUUGCUAAAACUUUCAAGUAUAUUUUCUUGAGUCUUGGACAAAAGGCUGGCACAACUGGAGAGAGAGUUCAUGAGAUGCUGGUGCUUUUUUACUUGAAAGUGUGUGUGUGUGUGUGUGUGUGUGUGUGUGUGUGUGUACUCAACAGUGUGUGCUUUGCAACAGCUAAUGCGCUGUUCAUACUGAGUGAAUUCAAAAUGAAUUCACACAUAAUUCAGUGCAUUGUCAUAUUUACUGCGGCAUUCUGCUAUAGUGCACUCCUUUUAUACAGAAGAUAUGCAAGAAUGAUAUCAACUCACUUGAAGUAUUUUGUAACAGUGGUGUAAGCCAUUAGAACUGCAAGUAGGAGGCCGAGACAGGCUGCCUUUUAUUCCCCAGGAGCGGACCUGGGGGAAUCUGAUGUUUCCACAGGCCCACCCACAGGGAGGUGUCCACCUCACAGGCCUGCCAUUGAUUGGCUGAAUUUGGUCAGGCCUGAAACCAAGGUCCAGCCAGUGAGACUAGGCCUGGCUGCCCCGCCAGCUGGGAAGCCCCCAACAAACAGGGCUUCCUCUAGAGUGUGGUGUGACGCAUCAGGACCCAGCCACAAUACCACCACACCCAAAGGGUGAGCGGACUUGUCUUACUGCUGGUCUAUAUAUUACACUUGCUUCAUGGACUUUGCUGCAAACCACCUAUUCAUUUUGAGGACAGCCUACAUUCCAUCCCCCACCUACCACUAGGAAUAUCCAGCAGCAGUGAAGACUCAUGAAGAUCUCCAAGCAGUGUUAGAUAUGCACAUUGUAAGCUGUUCUAGACCUGCAGGUGCAGAACACUUGCAAUGUAGAGGCUGUCUGACUGGCCAUGCUGUGGGGAGUGUAGUAUAUAGAUUGGCAGCUAGUUGUUGCAGUACUUUGCCAUGACGCAGAAGUCUGCAACUGCAAAAUCUUCCCAGUCUCUUUUCUGAUAAAAUUCUAUGUGAACAAUGGAGAACUUUGCCUUCUCGUAGAUGAAAAAGGGGAAAACCCGAUGCUCAUGAGGUUCCAUAGUCAGUUACAGGCUUUCUUAUCAUUAGCAAUUAUUAAUGAGUUUUACAGUAUAUGUGGGGUGUGCUUUAGGCAUUAAAUGUGUGCAGAAUUUGUUUAGGAUGUCACUGCCCUGUUAGUCUCCCAGAUAAGAGAUAAGAGAUGUAGACUAACUGGAGAUAAUUGGUAGUAGCCAGUGAGGUUGUCUUGUUUGUGGAAGGACCUCCACUGGUGCAAUGCCCUUCCCUUCCUUUUCCUCUCCGUUUCAGAGGGUUGGGGGAGUGUCCAGAAAAGAUGGGGAGACAUGCAGGAGAAGGAAAUGAAGGAGAAGUUCUGUUGCACUAGCAGAAGUCAUUGUGUGAAAAGGACUUACUUUGUUUUUGUACAGCAGUUCCCUGCACUGCAUGGCAAACUAAUGAGGUGAUGCUGCCAUUCAGUGAAGUCCUCCUAGGGAGCAUGCAGGUCUUUUGGUAUGGUCAGAUAAUCUCUCUGGAUACUGGCCCACACAAUUUAUUGGGAUGGAAUGGUCAAAAUAAAUGUGACAAAUUCAAGUGUUCAGGAAGUGGUGGGUAGGGUUAAGGCUGGAUUAAUUUAUUAAUACUUUGAGAGAAAGAGAUGCAGAAGCUAGUCUGAGGAAGAGGUUAGAUAUGAUUACGCUAAAAGCAGGUCUGUGUUAAAGAACAAUUUUCUUUUGCAACUUUGUGUUUGUCGACCUGUGUAUUCAACCUGUACGCUUGUGGGGAAAUGACAGGGUAGAUAAUUUUUCCUACUCAUAAAUUCUCUCUCUGUAAGACAAACCCACGUGUGUAGUGGCUUUAACCUUUUUUCUCAAACUCAUUCUUGUUAUCUGUGUCUCUUGAAGUGGUGACAAAUCCAUUCUAAUACAAUUCCAGUUUUCCACUUCCUUUUGUUAAGGGCAGUUCAGAGAUGGAUUUAGGAAUGUCUACUUCAGCAGUUGCCAUUUAGCUUGAAGAAAAGUUUCACAAAAAGAAAAGUCCUCCCCCCGCCAUUAGUAAGAUAUUGGGAAGUUAUUUAAAAGUGUUGGAUCCAGACUUCGCUUCUCCUCUUGAAGAUAGAGAUGCUGGAGACAAAUUUUGGCAAUACCCUCUGCAGCCCCCAGUGCCCCCUCACACUGUUCUGGAGGGCUGGGAGACCUGCAGGAGAUAGGAAAAAUUGGAAAAUGUCACCUGCCUCUUUCUGCUACUGGGAUCCAUCGGAUAGAUCAAAGCCUUCCAUAUACAGAAGCCUUCCCAUCUGUGGAAGGUAAAAGUCUAGAUCCAGUCCUCAGUCUCCACCUAACUUAUUGCUCUUAUCAAAAAGUAACUGUGAUGGUGUUUAAAAUUAUCAAAUAAAAAAAUCUUACUCUAUUUUGACUAUGCUUGGAAGCUAUUCUUGAGAAAUGUAUUUAGAAAAUGGAGUCUAUUUUUUACUAACUGAAUACUGCCUGUGUCAAGUCUGUAACAUUUUGCCAAAAUGAAAUUAUUUUAUUUUUGCCUUUAUUAAAAUGUAGAAAUAAAUAUUUUGCCAGAAAACAUUAAUUUAAAUAAAAUGUAACAGUUUGGGGGAAAUGUAAAUGUACAUAUUAAACUAUUAACAUAACACUGGAA